AUGGGAGGUUUCGCCCUCGCAGAUCUCGCCAUUGCAGUCUUCAAAGCGGGAGGUCUUGGCUUCAUUGGAUCUGAUGGGAACUUGACCAACCUGGCAGCCGAGCUUACCAAAGUAGAAGAGGCACUCGAUCGGCACAACGACCUACUACCAAUUGGUGUUGGCAUUCUUUUGUUUGCCAUGAAGAUGCCAGCCGUCCUCGAAGUGAUACAGAGGUUCAGACCACGCAUCGUUUGGCUCUUUGCAGCUCGCAGUAUCCACGACUACACGACGUGGGCUGAAGAGGUCCGUAGAGUCUCCCCGAAUUCUCAGGUGUGGGUACAGAUUGGAUCUGUCGAUGGCGCGCUUCAUAUUGCGAAGGAUGUCAAGCCUGAUACAAUGUGCAUACAGGGAAUUGACGCAGGUGGCCAUGGAUAUGAGCAGGGUGCCGGGAUCAUUUCACUUCUUCCGGAGGUCGUGGACACGCUAGCCAUUGCUGGAUACAGCCACAUACCUCUUGUUGCUGCUGGAGGUAUCGUAGAAGGUCGAGCAGCAGCCGCCGCACUCACACUCGGAGCGCAAGGAGUCGUCAUGGGAACCCGCUUUCUGGCAGCAUCGGAGACCAACGUUCAUCCCGAAUAUCGAAGAGCUAUACUCGGUGCCAAGGAUGGUGGACAAUGCACUGUUCGAUCCAAGCUUUUCGACGAGCUGCGAGGUCCAAACGCAUGGCCACAACCGUAUGAUGGCCGGAGUUUUCGGAUCCAGAGCUUUAAAGAGCAUGCUAAAGGUGUCCACAUUGACGAGAUUCGUGAGCGUCACUCUGAAGCCAUCAAAGAAGACAGUCGGGGAUUUGCGGCGGAUCUCUCUGGCAGAGCGGCCACGUGGGCCGGCACAGGCGUGGGUUUGGUGAAAAUCGAGCAAUCCGCCGGAGAUAUUGUGGAAUCUGUCCGACAUGGUAUUCUUGUGGCGCUUGAGGCAGCGAGGUCAAGGCUGUAG